AGUUGACAGAGAGCAGCUGAUUAUGAAACGAUAAUGUUGCCAUUGUUUAGGACCAAGUUUUUAUUUGUAAGCAAUUGGUUGCAUGCGUUUUUAAAUUUUUAGCAAAAUUUUCUUUAUAAAUUGGCAAAUAUGUUGAGUACACGGUUAUUAACUAAAUUUAGUGGUUUCAAGAGCCUUCUAAAACCUGCAAUAUUUUCAGUUGAUAGAAUAGAGAAAAGCCUAAAUAUAUCAAUGCCAUAUACGUCGAUUGAACGCAAUUUUAAGCCUUUAACGACUUUACACUUAGAACGAUGCCAGUAUUGCUCAACAACUGCCGGUGUCGCUAGCAAAACCGAUGAAGCUGACGGUAAUAUAUUGAAAAGAGUAUUAAAUAAAGUUGGAUUAGGGCCGAAUCUCAAGACACGUUUAAGAGUCUCUAGCCACUUGUUGUAUGAGAGUGUCGCCGAUAAAACAAACUAUUUAACUUUCUUUCAAGAAUUUGACAUGCCAAAUACUUUUAAUUCAUGGUUCUUAGUUACUGAAUUACACGUGUGGAUGUUGCUACUGAGAGCUAUGGCCGAAGGCUCAGAAUCUGGGGAAGACGGGCGUUUCAUGCGUAACUGUAUAGUUGAGGCCAUGUGGGGAGAUGUAAAUACCAGAGCAAAAAAAUUAGGGUCUAUUAGCUCUUCACGUAUUCGCCAACAAAUUGAAGAACUUUCGGAGCAAUUUCAAGCCGCUUUAAUUGCUUACGAUGAAGGCAUUAUGUCCGAGGAUCGUGUUUUGGCAACAGCUCUAUGGCGUCGUUUCUUUGUCAUGAACUGUGAAGAUUAUAAUAAAAUAGAACGCCUGGUCAAAUACGUAAGAAUUCAAGUGCUUAUGUUAGAUCAGCUGUCACGUGAAGAGUUUCUUAUAAAGCCAAAAGUACACUGGAAGAGCUUGGAUCAAAUAUAAUUUAACAUAAACUAAAUCUUUCUAAUGUUGUUUUUACUAAUGUUAAACUAAUAAUAAAUAUUGGAAAUUAGACAAAUACAA